AUGUCCAACCUCAACCCGUUCGCUCAGUGGCCCAGCAGUGGCGGCUUUCCAGGUUCUUCUCUUCCGUCCGUCUUUGGCGCACUUCCUUUCACUGGGCCGUCCACUCAGCCGGCUGUUCUCGCUUUUACCUUCGUAUUCAAUCCUACCAUCAUGAAUUCCAUCGUUACCGGGCCCGACGACCAGCCGUAUUAUAGAAUCUCCACGGAUAACCCUACGCCAGGCUUCACCUUUAUCCACAACACUCAGGGAAGGCCCAUCGUUGUCAUUGAAUGGCAAGCCCACCCUGUCGUUGAAGUACGGGACAUUAUUCCCAAGCAACUUGCCUCGCAAUGGCUGGAGCUUUCUUCGCAGAGGAAUUCCAGACAUAUGGAAGUUCGCGGCAAACGAUAUGUUUGGACUCCAGGAGAUGGCUCCAUAAUUUUAUUGAAUCCCGCGACCAACCCACCCGAACGUAUGGGUCGCCUGUUUAACGGUCAACAUCGCGCAACGCUUGAGCUAACGUCCUAUGCCAUACAUGCAGGCCUCACAGAAGUGGCUAUCGUCUCAGCGUUCUUGCUUAUAUGUGGUAGGAACGUCGACUAA